AUGGCUCGUUUACACUUCUUCGAGUCAACUCCACACGGUCGAAUUUUGAAUCGGUUCUCUUCUGAUAUUGGCGCUAUAGAUGACGCUCUCCCAUUCCAGUUAAAUAUUCUUCUGGCUGAACUUGCAGGCCUUUUCGGCACUGUGGUAAUCUCCUGUAUAGCUCUACCCGCAUUGGUCCUGUUGAUGCUGCCACUCGCUUUUGUCUAUUGGUCUUUACAGCGACUUUAUCGCGGCGCUGCACGCGAUCUGAAACGCAUCGCCAGGUCGAUUAUUAAUUUAUUCACUAUUUUUUACGGCCUAUUGACUAUAUUUGUGCUUUAA